ACGGUGUCACCCGAGCUCAAUGCCUCCUUACCCAGCAUGCUGUCCUAUUGGUGGACCAAUACGCUGAUAUGGACAGGAUACAAAAAGUCUCUGACGGAAGAGGAUGUCAGUGACCUUCACCCAGAAGAUACCAGUGACACACAAGUUCCCAAAUUUGCCAAGGCCUGGGAGAGAGAGCUAGAACGUUGUGCUGCAUAUAACAAACAGUAUUUGGCUCAGCAUGGAGGUUCCGUGUUAUCAUCAAUGAACCACAAAGUGAAUUUAACACCAAACGAGAAAACAAAGCUGUUGACAAAGUAUGACCCUUAUGAUGACGACAAGAAACGUACACAGGAAAAGUCUCCACUAAAACAGCCAUCCCUGUUUCGAGCGAUGUUUCAAGUUUAUGGAUUUGAACUCAUCUGUUUACAGCUGUUAAAAACUGGCCUGGAACUGUUGAACUUUGUAACACCAAAAAUCACAGAAUCAAUGCUGAGCUUCAUCCAAGGAGAGAAACACCCCAAUGAGUUGUGGAAGGGCUAUGUGUUAGCCACGACAUACUUUAUAGUUAGCUCCGUCACAUCCACCAUGGGCAGCCAACUCCAGAACAGGAACAGACGACUGGGCAUGCACGUCCGAUGUUCUCUUACAGCAACUAUUUACAGAAAGUCGCUAACGAUCAGCAACGAAGCCAAGAAAACCACCACACUGGGGGAGAUUGUCAAUCUGAUGUCUGCAGAUUGUCAGAGGCUGGAGAAUGUUGUCAACUUUAUCUACAUUGUGUUCUCUGCGCCUUUUCAGAUUGGCAUUGCUCUGUACAUGCUGUAUGACCAGAUUGGCUUGGCCACGUUCGCUGGCCUGGGUGUUUUGAUCAUUCUGUUGCCGAUGAACACGGUGACGUCCAUCGCCAUGAGGAAGUUCAACAGACAAAUGAUGAGACUCAAGGACAGACGCAUAAGGCUCAUGAAUGAAGUUCUCACUGGAAUGAAAGUGUUGAAAGUGUACGCCUGGGAGGAAGCUUUUGAGAAGAAGGUGGCCACGUACAGAAGUGAGGAGAUAAAUCUCAUCUUUAAACUGUCGCUGGUCAUGGCAACGCUGAGUCUCAUCUUCAGUGUUGUCCCUUAUUUUGUUCAGGUUGCCUCAUUUGGUGUCUUCAUAGCUAUCGAUGGCUACCUGGACCCUACCAAAGCUUUUGUGUCCAUGUCUCUGUUCAACAUGCUGACUCAGACCUUUACUCAGAUGCCCAUGUUCAUUCCUGCACUCAUUCAGGCUGGUGUUUCUGUGACAAGAAUUGUGGCAUUUUUACGACAACCAGAUCUAAAACCUGAUGCUCGCACUAUAGAUCCAAAAUUAGACACAGCUAUCAGAAUAGAUAAUGGAACGUUCACAUGGGACGAGGAGUUACCUCAGCCAACUCUGAAAAACAUAAACUUGGACAUCAAGCCAGGAUCACUGGUGGCUGUGGUGGGCACAGUGGGCUGUGGUAAAUCAUCUCUACUGUCUGCAAUCAUGGGGGAGAUGACCAAGCUAAAGGGCACCGUCACCGUGAAGAGCGACAUGGCGUAUGUGCCCCAAGAAGCUUGGAUACAGAAUAAAACUCUGCGGGAGAACAUCCUCUUUGGGACUGAGUACAAACCUUCUCUGUAUGAACGGGUGCUGGAAGCUUGUGCCUUGAAGACAGAUCUGGAGAUCCUGCCCGGUGGGGACUUAACAGAGAUUGGAGAAAAGGGUAUCAACAUAUCUGGCGGACAGAAGCAGCGAGUGUCCCUGGCAAGGGCGGUCUACAGCCGGGCGGAUAUUUAUCUGCUGGACGACCCGCUGAGCGCCGUGGACAGCCAUGUGGGCAAGCACAUUUUUGAAAAUGUCAUUAGCAGCAAAGGGGUUCUCAAGGGGAAGACAAGAGUGCUGGUCACACAUGGCGUUCACUGGCUGCCUCUGGUGGACACGAUCAUUGUACUCAAAGAUGGAGAGAUCACAGAGAAAGGCAGCUUUGAACAGUUGGUGUCCCACGAUGGAGAGUUUGCUCAGUUCUUGAAGGAGUUCUUCAUACAAGAGGCAGAGUCUGAAGAUGAGGGCAAGAAGGAGAAAGAAGAUCCAGAAAUUGAGGAGCUGAAGAAGCAGGUGUUGCACAGACUGGAGUCUUUAACUGGGGCUUCCUCGGCUGAUGAAAAGGGCAGGACAGUUUCACUUCGUAAACAAGUGUCGUCAACGAAACAGCCAGUGAGCUCGGCCGUGGCUACGAGAGGUGGACACGGCAGAGGAGGCGGUCCUGGAGGUCGUGGAGGUAUGCGGGGCAGAGGAGGUGGCCCACCGGGUGGAAUGGGCAGAGGCGGUGGUGGCGGGGGCGGACCCCCAGUACUUGGAGGAGGCUUUGACAAGGGAGGAGCUCCAAUGGUGGCAGGUCAGAGGCUGGUACAAGAUGAGAAGUCAGAGACUGGAGGGGUGAAGUUCAAUGUCUACAUGGACUACUUACGUUCGGUUGGCUUCAGCUCCAUAGCUUUCAGUGUGGUCUUCUAUGUCAUAUACCUGGCCAGCACCAUCUUCUCCAGCAUUUGGCUCAGCAUGUGGACUGAUGACACAUAUCUGGCCAACAGGAGUCUCAGCGACACAGAUGAGUAUGCAGACAAAACCAAUCUGUACAUUGGGCUGUAUGCUGGAAUGGGUGUUAUACAAGGAAUCUUCAGUUAUGCUUUCUCGGCCUCCCUGCUGGUGAAAACUGCCCGGGCUUCCAACGUGCUUCACAACACCAUGAUGCACAACAUCAUGAGAUCACCCAUGUCCUUCUUCGACACCACACCUACAGGUCGAAUAGUGAACCGGUUCUCUAAAGAUGUGGAUGUUCUCGACAACCAACUGCCCAACAUUAUCCGCCAGGGGGUCAACAGCGUGGGCCGAGUGCUCAUGUCUCUUAUCAACAUUACCUACAGCACGCCUAUUGUCCUCGCUGUCAUCAUACCUGUGGUUAUCCUGUAUGUUUUAGUCCAGAGAAUCUACAUACCAGCCUCUCGCCAAAUCCGUCGAAUCGACUCUACUACAAGAUCACCUAUCUACGUGCACUUCUCGGAAACUCUGAGCGGGGUGUCCAGCAUCAGGGCGUACGGUGUGCAGGAGCGGUUCGCUAAACAAUCUCAGGAGCUGGUGGAUUACAACUUCAAGUUUUACUUUGCCUCCAUUGUCAUUGGCAGUUGGCUGCAAGUUCGUCUCCAGUUUCUCGGAAAUGUGAUAGUGUUGGCAGCAGCCAUGUUUGCACAGUCGGAUGCUAGCCUAACUGCGGGCUUGGCUGGUCUGGCUAUUUCAUACGCUCAGCAGGUGACUAAUGCACUAACCAUGGUGGUCCAGGUGGCAACGCAAGCAGAAACUAACAUUGUGUCGGCAGAGAGGAUUCUGGAAUAUGCUGAAAUCCCCACAGAGGCACCCUGGGAGAUCCCAGAAACGGAGCCACCGAAAAGUUGGCCGGAUGAAGGCCGUGUAGUGUUCGAUGAUCUACAGUUCCGCUACCGGGAUGGCCUAGAACUGGUGUUAAAGGGAGUCACUUGUGACCUGAAAGGUGGCGAGAAGGUUGGUAUUGUGGGCAGGACUGGAGCUGGCAAAUCGUCUCUCUCUGUUGCCCUCUUCCGACUUGCAGAAGCAUUUGCCGGGAAAAUCUCCAUUGAUGAACGCAAUAUAGCCACACUUGGACUUCACAACUUGCGUGGCAACAUUACCAUUCUUCCCCAGGAUCCCGUGAUUUUCUCCGGCACACUGCGAAUGAACCUGGACCCCUCUGAGAAGCACACGGACGAGCAAAUCUGGGAGGCCUUAGAGCACGCUCAUCUCAAGAGCUUUGUCAAAGGCCUCCCUACCCAGCUGGACUAUCAGUGCGGAGAAGGAGGCCAGAACCUCAGUAUGGGGCAGCGGCAGCUGGUGUGUCUGGCCCGAUGUCUGCUGCGUAAAUCAAAGAUUCUGGUGCUGGAUGAGGCCACUGCUGCAGUCGACAUGGAGACUGAUGACCUCAUUCAGAAGACAAUCCGUUCAGAGUUCAAGGACAGCACAGUGUUGACAAUAGCCCACCGGCUCAAUACAAUCCUGGAUUAUGACAGGGUGAUUGUCAUGGACAAGGGAAAGAUAAUAGAGAUGGACUCCCCACAAGCAUUGCUGGCCAAUCCUCAGUCUGUGUUCUACUCCAUGGCUAAAGAUGCUAACCUGGUCUAG